AUGGUUGCCGCUGGUCUUAUCCUCGCUUCUCUCGCCGCUCUGGCUUUAGGCAAGCCUAUCAAGGGCGGCAUGCGUGUCCUCGGCCGUAGGGAUAGCCCCCCAGCGGGCUAUUCAUGGACGAGCGCGGCUGCGGGCGAGACGAUGCUGUCUCUGAAGUUCGCGCUUGCUCAGAGCGAUCCGCAAGGUCUCGAGGCCGCUCUCUACGACGUCAGCGAUCCAGCGAGCGCGAAUUACGGCAAUCACCUUACGAAAGAGGAGGCCGCAGCGUUUGUCGCUCCUACCAACGAGACGUCCGCAGCCAUCAACAACUGGCUCGCCAAGAACAACCUGACCGCGAACACCAUCACCCCCGCGGGUGACUGGAUGAGUGUCAACGUCUCCGUCGCGCAGGCGAACUCUCUCUUCGAUGCCAACUUCUCCGUCUUCACGCACGAGACUACGGGGCAACAGGCCAUUCGGACCAUGUCAUACUCCGUCCCCGCCUCACUGGUGGAUCAUCUCAAGGUCGUCUACCCGACCGUCACGUUCCCGAGCAACAAGGCUCUUAUGCCUGUCGUCAGCAAAUCGAAGCCUUUGGACAAGCGUCACAAGGCGAAGGCGAAGGGCAAGGGCAAGGGCGCCGGUGCUGGUGCUGGUGCAGGUGCAGGUGCAGGUGCAGGUGCGGGCGCAGGUGCUGGUGCGGGCGCAGGUAAAGGUGCAGGCGCAGGCGCAGGUAAAGGCGCAGGUGCAGGUGCAGGUGCAUCUAACGUUACUGGUGCCGGCGGUGCCGCGGUUGCGGCGUCCUGCGACACGGUCAUCACGCCGACUUGCCUGCAAGACCUCUAUGGCAUCCCAACCACGCCGGCUACAAACCAAAGUAACGCGCUCGGCGUGAGCGGGUUCAUCGAGCAGUUCGCGAACCAGAAGGAUCUCCAGACAUUCCUCACGAACCUCCGCACUGACGUGUCGAGCGACACGACCUUCACCCUGCAGACCCUCGAUGGCGGCCAGAACUCGCAAGUCGCUGCCAAUGCUGGCACGGAAGCUAACUUGGAUAUCCAGUACACCGUCGGCGUUGCGACGGGCGUCCCGGUCACCUUCAUAUCCGUUGGCGAGCAGACCAGCGACGGCGAUCUCGGCGGCUUCCUCGACAUCGCGAACUUCCUGCUCAAUGAGGAUGCGCCUCCCUCCGUGUUCACGACCAGCUACGGCAACGACGAGCAGGACAUCCCCGUUGCCAUGGCGGAGAAUCUUUGCAACGCUUACGCCCAACUCGGCGCUCGCGGUGUCUCCGUCCUCUUCGCGUCCGGUGACGGUGGUGUGUCCGGCUCGCAGUCGCAGCAGUGCACGGACUUCAUACCGACCUUCCCUUCCGGCUGCCCCUACAUGACCUCCGUCGGUGCCACGCAAGGCAUCAGCCCCGAGACCGCCGCGAACUUCUCAGCCGGCGGGUUCUCCAACGUCUUCAGCACGCCCGCGUAUCAGCAGACCGCCGUCGCCACCUACCUCAAGACGCUCGGGCAGACGAACGCGGGCCUGUUCAACACGUCCGGGCGCGCGUACCCCGACGUGUCCACGCAGGGCGUGCAGUUCGAGAUCGUCGUCGACGGCCAGGCGGGCGGCGUCGACGGCACGAGCGCCGCGAGCCCCGUCUUCGCCAGCGUCGUCUCGCUCCUCAACGACCAGCUCACCACCGCGGGCAAGAGCCCGCUCGGGUUCCUCAACAUCUGGCUCUACAGCAACGCGACCAGCGCGCUGAACGACGUCACGACCGGCUCGAACCCGGGCUGCGACACGGACGGUUUCCCCGCGGCGGCUGGUUGGGACCCAGUCACCGGUCUCGGGACACCGAACUUCGACGCGCUCAAAACGGCUGCCGGCCUUUGA